UGAGCGCCAUUUUAAUGAAGGCCUUCGAUCUUUGUACCCCCUCCACAACAUUGUUGGAUCCAUUCUGAUCUUGGCACAUUAUGUGGCUGAUUGCUGGAUUCUUACCGCUCCUCCUGAUCUUUUCCGAUUAUUACUGUACAAGUUUGCCUGCUGUCUACGUUCACAGUGCAGUCUAUGACGCGGUGGUGUAAUUGUUGCGCUGCAUUUUGUUUUGUGGCGAUGACGGUGUGGAUGGAGGAAUUUCUUCGACCGUGAGAGAUAUAAAUUUCACGAGGGAUUAAAUUGUGUGUGAUUUUACAGCUUCUUUUGCCGAUUUCAUUGCGUUUAUUUCUUGCGGAAGUCUUCCUGGAGAUCAUCGAGUUGGCAACGAGAAGUGACAACGUCUAACUUUCUUAGGUGGUGUGGAAAUAGCUGGAAGCAUUCUGGAAGGUGCAAGAGACGAGGGGAUGACUACAGAACGGGAAUUCAUGAGAGGAGAGAGAGGAGCAAGGACAGUGUACCAAGAAAGAUGUUGCAGCAGAGGAAGAAUGAGGACGAAAUCGGGAAGUGUGGAGGAAUUUACAGCUUCAGCUCUUCCUAGCUCCGGAAUCGUCAGUAUUUACGUAGGCAUUUCAGAAGCAGGAUUUGAACUGCUGUGGUUUACAUGAAACUCGGCAACUGCUAUCCAUAUCUUAUGUGUGCAAAAAUGUUGUGCGAGAAGAAGCCAACCAGCGAGCAGCAAGACAGGGAAAUUGGAACCAAGCUAAGGGGAGUGAGCAACGGCUCACCCUCAGUUGAUGAGCUUUUGAAAACUGUCAAGAGACUGGAAAAGGGUUUCUUGACUCUGGCGGAUGCUGUCAUAGCUGAGAUAGAGGGCAUUAGAGAAGAUGCUCGAUGUUGGCAGGAAGAAAGGGAAGAGCUUUGGAAAACCGUUAUGACGAUUCACCAAAGUCACCAGAAGACUGAGGUAGAUCCAAUUCAUCACCGACUUCAAAGUUUACAAAAGCGGGCGAGCGAUAUCGAAAAGCAAUUGCAAAGUCAUGACUCAGAUGCACGGGUUCCAGUUAAUGAUCGUCUCGAGGAGCUGGAACGACGUGCCUAUGAACUUGAAAAACAAGCUCAAAAGCAACACAUAGCACAAGAUAAGCGUGCAGGCAUUGAGGAGGUAGUGCGCCCAUCCAACAUACAAGGGCAACAUAAAUGUAAAUUGGAGGUAAGCAGAUGCUCAUGCGUUUUCAGAUACUCUGAUCCAGAAACAGCAGUCAAAUCCAUUCAUCAGAAUGCCACACCCAAGGUGGGUGGGUCUGUGAUAGAACUUCGUCAGAGAAUGUUGUGACAGAUGGAGUUUCGUUGCAAUGUGUCAACAUCUUGAAUCGUGCGUUAUUAUAGAAAACUCCAACUGAUUUAAUAAUGCAAACCGAUGAAUAAAUAUUCCAAAGUUUGCAUUAAGGCAACUCAACCCAGUUUAUGUCAAAA